CUGUUUUUGGGGCUAUUUAUUACAUUCUGAUAGAAUUAGGGUUUUACGAAGUUUUAAACGGUCUAUCUAUUUCACGAGUGAUUAUAUCUUAUUAGAAAAUUCAGUUCGUCCGAAUCAGGGACUACAGAGGCCUAAUCGAUUUAGGGUUUUGGUCUUUGCUGGAAUUCGGUGGCUUCCCUGAGAGACUGCGGAUGUUAGCCUGCUACGUAAGAAUGUCCUCGAAUAAUAAUCACAUAACGAAGAGUGUUGGGGGUGCUCCAUCCCCUUUUGGUAAUGCUGGGAUGGUCUCGCCAUCAAUGCCGAUGAAUCACACAACUCAGGUUCACUCUCAGUCACAAGCUCAAACGCAAGGGGGGGCACACUUCCAAGGACAGUUCCAGUCUCAACUCCAGUCCCAAGCCCAAGUCUUGGCGCAGGCUCAAGUCCAAGCUUUUGCCCAGGUGCAGUCUCAAGCUCAAGCACAAGCUCAUGCAGCUCAAGUUCAAGCAGCUCAUGCCCAAUUCCAAGCCCAGUUACAAGCUCAAGCACAGUCCCUUGCCCAGACCCAAACCGCUGGAAUUGGGCAUAUGGGUGCCUCGUCUCCCUCCCUUUCAACACCCAGCACAGCAAAUGCAAAGCGGGUUUUGCAAAAGCCUCCAGCGCGUCCUCCUGGACCUGCUACCACUAAUACGGUUUCCCCAUUCAGAACUAUGGAACUAACCCCUGCUGCUCGAAGGAAAAAGCGGAAGCUUCCUGAGAAGCAGAUUCCAGAUCGCGUGGCAGCCCUUCUGCCCGAGUCUGCUCUAUAUACCCAGCUACUUGAGUUUGAGGCACGGGUGGAUGCUGCUCUCACAAGAAAGAAGGUUGAUAUCCAGGAAUCUAUUAAAAACCCUCCGUGUAUUCAGAAGACUCUCCGGAUUUAUGUUUUCAACACUUUUGCCAAUCAGACCCGCACAAUCCCUGAUAAGCAAAAUUCUGAGCCGCCUUCUUGGUCGCUUAAAAUAGUUGGGAGGAUAUUGGAAGAAGGGGUUGAUCCAGACCCUUCUGGUGUGAGCCAGAAACCAAACUCAUCCUAUCCCAAGUUAUCUUCCUUUUUCAAGAGAAUCACCAUCAACUUGGACCCUAGCCUCUAUCCCGAAAACCCCACUAUUAUAUGGGAGAGUGCUCGAUCGCCUGCACCACAUGAGGGCUUUGAGGUGAGAAGAAAAGGCGAUAAGGAAUUUAGUGUGAAUAUACGCCUGGAAAUGAAUUAUGUGCCUGAGAAAUUUAAGCUUUCACCUGCUCUGAUGGAACUUCUGGGCAUUGAGGUUGAAACACGCCCGAGAGUUAUAGCUGCAAUUUGGCAUUAUGUGAAGGCUAGAAAACUGCAGAAUCCAAACGACCCUUCUCUCUUUGCUUGUGAUCCAGCUCUUCGAAAAGUUUUUGGCGAGGAGAAGAUGAAAUUUGCCAUGGUUUCACUAAAAAUAUCACAGCAUCUUUCGCCGCCUCAGCCUAUCCAUCUUGAGCAUACAAUCCGGCUAUCUGGUCCCAGCCCAGCUGGGAAUGCUUGCUAUGAUGUAUUGGUUGAUGUUCCGUUUCCAUUACAGAAAGAGAUGUCUGCUUUCUUGGCCAACAUAGAGAAGCACAAAGAGAUUGAGACCUGUGAUGAAGCUAUCUGUGCUGCUAUUAAGAAGAUCCAUGAGCAUCGUAGAAGACGAGCAUUCUUUCUUGGGUUCAGUCAAUCUCCUGUGGAGUUUGUUAAUGCUCUAAUUGCUUCACAAAGCAGAGACUUGAAGCUUGUUGCUGGGGAAGCGAGUCGCAAUGCUGAAAAGGAGCGUCGAUCUGACUUCUACAACCAAUCAUGGGUUGAAGAUGCUGUUAUUCGUUAUCUGAACCGCAAGCCAGCUGCCGGAAGUGAUGCUCCUGGAAGCACAUGAGUUGGUAUUGUUUAAUUGCUAAUCUGAAUAACUGCUUGUGCUGAAUUUCUAUCCAUUUGUCCUUUUCCCUCCAUUGUGGGCAAAAUUAUUACUGCUUCAUCACUUUUGUGAAGGGAUGUUGGAUAUUUGUUGAAAAAGUAAUUUUAUCAUGUUUGAGCUUCAAAAUCUCCCCUGCCAAACCUUCAUCAUUACAUAAGCAUGAUUUUGUUGUUCUAACUUAACCAAAUGUUUGGAACUUGAGGUGAU